AUGUCGACCGUUGUAAGCACACUCUGGGAUACUCCACUUGAUCCUCCGCAGACAAUAAAUACCGAUUUCCCGGUUGAUGACAGUAUUCUGGCUGAGUUCCCUCCUGGCACCCGAAUUGUUUCUGCUAAUCGGUUCGGUGCCUCGGCCUGGACGGCGACAGCUCGUUUAACCAUAGACACCGGCCAGGUUAUGAUGGAAGGGGAGUUCAAUGCGAUGUCAGAGCUCUUCAAGGCUUUGCCAACGUUUGUGCCGAAACCCUAUGCAUGGGGAAAAUAUGACGGUGGAGAUUCAGAGACCUAUUUUUUCCUGUCAGAGUUCAUUGAUAUGAGUGACCGAGUACCCGAGCCCAAUCAGUUAUGUAGGAAACUGGCGCAGUUACACUGGGAUAGCGUUUCCCCCACAGGGAAAUUUGGGUUCCAUGUCACCACUUGCCAAGGCAAAACUCCCCAAAAUGUGCAAUGGGAGACAAGCUGGGCCGUGUGCUUUUCCAACCUCCUCACCCAUGUACUAGGCCUCGACAAAGAAACAAAUGGGACCUGGGAGGACCUCUCUAUACUUUCGCAGAGAAUUCUUGAUUUUGUCAUUCCCCGGUUGAUCGGAGCGCUCGAAAAAGAUGGCCGUACCAUCAAACCAUGCCUGAUUCAUGCUGACCUGUGGGAAGGGAAUACAGGUACAUCGUUUGAAACAGGGGGAGAUCUAUAUUUUCGACUCGGCUGCCUUUUACGCACACAAUGA